AUGCUUGGAGAACUUGGGCAUGAUGCGGCCACUCUUGGGCGUGUUCGUGAGGAUGAAGACGAUGGCAACGUAAAUGGUGCUGAAGGUGGAUAUAAUUGGUCUUCUUUGAACCAGGCACGUCGGAUAGAACAGCUUUCGUUGGAAAACGCCCUUUUGCGGCAAGCCGCAUCAGGACAACUCGAUAAUUCUCGAUUCCGUGACCGUGCUAUGUCUUCCGCUUCUGCAACAAGUGGAUUCUCUCUUGCUCAGAGUCAUAACCUGCACCGUCUUCCUGGAAGUGUUCCAGAGGAGGGCGAUUUGGCAGUCGAGGAUUUGGAUGAACUGGGAGAGAUUCAUCCGGGUUAUAAUAGUACCAGGAGCAACGGUCGGAGAAGGCUCAGUGAACAUUCAACUAAUCUUGAUAAGCCAUUCCCGAACUUUAAUUCUUUGGAGAAUCGUACGCUUGAAAAUAUUAAAAAGGCCCACUGGCAAACCUCGCUUGGCUUUGGUGGCAUGCCUGAAGGACCUCAGAGUCGCCGCCAUUCUUUUGCCGAUAUCCCCAUGAGACAGCAAUCUCUUGGUUCGCCUGCUGAUUCCCAUCAGCCCGUUAUUGGCCCAGCUGCUUCGAUGGGUAACCGAGAAGAUGGCUUUACCAAUUUUGCCAAUGGGGGAGUUAGUGCUUCCCCUGCAGAUAACAAUCCUUCUUACUUCCCUGGACACGACAAGUCCCUCCGUGUCUCCGAUAAUAUUCCUACUUCUGGGAUAUCCACGUCGCUCCACCAGGCAUAUGUCAUGCCCAACGCCUUUGGCCGUCAACACUCAAAUCUGGCGCAUGUCCACCAGAACCAACAGCUUUUUAUUGUCACGUUCAAGUGCGGCAGGGCCGACGUCUUCUAUAUCCAAGAGAAUACUGGGUUGCAGGUCAAAACUGGUGAUCUCGUCAUUGUUGAAGCAGAUCGGGGUACCGAUCUUGGCACGGUUGCUCAUGCAAACGUCAGCUGGGCAAGAGCGCGCGAGCUUAAAGAACACUAUGCAGAGGAGCAUUACAAGUGGCUUAUGAUAUUCUCCCGCCAAAGCCAGUCAGGUGUCCCAAAUGCCGUGAAUCCAAACAGUGUCUCUUCAAAUAUGAACGGAGCCCCUGGCAGCGCGGUGGGUGGUAUGGGACCACAGGGCCAGCAUGGAAUGCAAGAACCUCAAGGCGGAGAUAUUAAGCCCAAACUGAUCAAGAGGCUUGCCCAAAGCCACGAAAUCCAGACCCUUCGUGAAAAGGAAGGGAAUGAAGCUAAAGCUAAGCGUGUUUGCCAGCAGAAGGUAGCUGAGCACCGGCUGAAUAUGGAAAUCCUUGAUGCAGAGUUCCAAAUGGACUGGAAAAAGCUUACUUUUUAUUAUUUCGCUGAUACUUAUAUCAAUUUCAACUCGCUCGUCACGGAUCUAUUUAAAAUCUACAAAACCAGAAUUUGGAUGUCGGCUAUUAAUCCAGCAUCGUUUGUUACACCCACGGCCGGACUGCAGCCCCCUAGCAGUAUAGGGUUCACUCAAGAAGGUCACCCAGAUCGACGGCGACCGCAUGACUUCAAGCCCUUUGUCCCCAGUGCCGGUCAGGGAGUUGCGUCCAUGCGAGGUUUUGCAGACGCUGCUGCGAGAGAUACCACAGGAAACCUUAGAAGUCAGUAUGUGGACCCGUACCAGGCAUUUGCGAGCGGCAGGCAACCGGAUGCGGCAAUGCCUGGCUUUUCACAAGGCGUGCAACCCCAAACAGAUCCAUUUUCUUCCUUUCAGCCAUCGAGCUACGGGGUUGGGGAUCCGAACUUACCUGACCUUCAUAACGCGGCUGGUUUAGGGCCAGUGGCCCGCCAAGCACAUCCCACCCAGGGCGACUGGAUGAAUCGUUUCCAAGGUCUUUCACUCGGUUCUUGA